AUGGCUGGCACAGAUACCGUGAAAGCGCAAGUUCGCCUAAGAUUCCGCAAUACAAGUGGUACACGAAUGAGCUGCGUGCGGAACUUGCAAGUGACGAAGAAAAAAGGCGGUGGCCUCACAAUGAAGACCCUCGAGGGCGUGUUAGGUAUUGAUGAUGAUGCUGCUGAUCCGCAAGCGCGUGCCUCUAUCUCGACACGAUGCGCGGAACUCGAUCAGGAAAUGGCGUCGCUGCUUGGCGUGUCGCACGCUAUCCUUGAAAAUGUGCUAUUUUGCCACCAGGAAGAGUCUAAUUGGCCUCUCUCUGAACCUGCAAUCCUCAAAAAGCGGUUUGAUGAGAUUUUCGAGGUUUCACGGUAUACAAAGGCUCUCGAUUCGAUCCGUGCCCUCCGGAAACAACGUGCACAGGAUGCUCGUGUCGACGAGGCGGAACUCCGUGCGCUUCAAAAUGAAAAGGAGCGUGCAGAAAAUAUCAGAGCUACCAUUCGGACACUAGAGGCUUCGCUAAGUGCCAAGAAAAAUGAGCGCGACGAUUUAGAUGCGGCAAUCCAGCGUAAAACGACCGAGAACCAGCAGCUGUACGAUGAUGCCACACGCUUUCGUGAGGUGGUCAACCAAGCAGAGAUGCUUGAAGAAAAAAUUGCCUUGUGCGAAGAACAUAAGGCAUCGCUUCUUAGUCGCAUGACCCUUCUUGCUAUGCCAGACUCCGAGCUGCAGGAUGAACUUACCGCUCUUCCUACCCAACUCGAGACUCAGCACGCACGUCUUUCUCACGUGCGUUCUAACAUGCAGGUAUACGUUGAUAAGCGGUCGUCUGCUGCAGAAGAACAUGAACGUCUUGUCCGCCGUCAUGCCGAACUUGAAACGGCUGAGCGUACCCGGCAGCGCGUGCUCCAAGCAACUGCAAAAGAGCUCCGUACGUUCGGCAGCGACAUCUCAUCGGCACCAACCAAGGCACAGUUCGACGCUUGCUCCACGAUGUGUGAAGCUUCACUCCGUGAAAAGCUCCAAGAGCAUGAAAUCAAAGCUGAGCAGCAUCAACGAGCAGCUGACGAGCUCGAGUCACAAGCACUGACUGAAUAUGAGCAUCUAGAGACACGUUUGCGCGAUCUGAAGUCACAAAGAGAACAUACUGGCGCCUCUUUACAGCGGCUUCAUGAACGUAUAAUGUCUUGUGAAAAUCAGCUUGCAAGGCAAGCUUCAACAACCAGCGUUUGUGAAUUAGACAAGGCGCGUGAGCGCCUUGCUGAACUAGGGUCUGUUUCGUUACCCGAUGUACAGGAAGCUAUGGAGCAUCUUGCGACCCUUGAGGCCGAAAGAGAUGCAAUUGCGACGUCCUUCGUCGACUCACAACAAGAUACCAAACAUGUUGCGCGACAGGAGGAACUGGCAUCCAAGUUACCCGUGCUACGCGAACGAGAAAAUCUUUGGCGCCAGAUGUGUGUUGAGCGCCUUGGCCAUGUACCAAAGAACCUGGAAGAGGAGCUUGAACAAGCUGAACAUGUACUGGAUCAAAGCCAAGCACAGUUACUAAAGGCUUCAGAGCAAGUUGUUCAAUGGGCCACCACCGUCGAUGUAUACCAAGAUGUACUUUCUCGCUCAGAAAAGCUCUGCUCGAGUCUUCGUGUCGCGAAACAGACACUUUUGGGUGACUUUGCAUCAGUGGAUGCAGGCCUGGUUACUGUCCAAGAGGAGAUCCAAGUUCUGCAGGAAUCCCUGUUUCUUUUGGAGCACGCAUCGGCAUUCUUCGAGAGGAUCCAGCACCAUGCACAUGCCCGACACAUGUGCUUGGCUUGCAAUCGCGAUAUCUCUAGCUCCCAAUUGCAAAGUGUCGAUGCACAUAUCGAAGAAACGCGUCAGCGAAAGCAACCAGAAAAAGUCGCGGUACUUGAACAAGACCUCGAUGCGUGGAACAGGCAGCUGUCGAAUUUAUACGCUGCGCGAGCUAUCGAGAAGCAGCUUCGCGAGCAGCAGGAACCAGAACUGUCACGGCUCGUGGCACAACUGGAAGAUGCAAAAAAAUGUCAUCAAGAUGCCGAGGGUGAGCGCGAUCGCUCAAGUGGUGCCACUGCAUCGGCUGUUGCUCGUGUCAAGACACUCCGCUCGCUCCAAGUCCCCAUGUAUCGUCUCGUCGAUCUGCGACUUGAUGUGCAGCUACUGAAGCGCCAGCUCGAUUCAAUUGCUUCUACCUCAGCUUCGGCAACCACCAGUAAUGCAUCGCCCGAGAGUCUCAAAGCUCUUUCUCAGGAAAUACAUGCUCAGCAAGCUCACUGCCAUGAACUACGUGAGCAAUGCGAUCAGCAUCGUAACCGAGUCCGCGAGGCCGAGCGACACGUCCAUGCCCUAGAAAUGCAAUUAAUGACUGAACAACAGCAUGCAGCGGCAACGCAGACAGCCCAUCAACGUCUCGAAGAAUAUAUGGCGGACGCAAAAGAUCUUGAAAAACAACGCGAGACAUUGACUUUCACGAUCAACGAACUCACCCAGCCGCUUUCUGAAGCGCAAAAACACCUCGAAGACACGCGCCGCGAGCGCCGUGAGCAAGAAGAGCGUUAUAAAGAAAAACGAUCUGAUUUGGAGCAACAGCUUGCAAAGCUCGCAGGCAUGGUGCAGCGUGUUAGCUCUGCAUGGGACGAAGCUGAGGCUGAUGGUGGUACACUUGUAUCAUGCAGCAUUGAACUGGAUCGUGCAGCACAGGCUCUUCAACAUACCCAAAAAGAGGCGGAGCGCGCCACACAGGAUACUUACGCGCUUGAGACGGCGAUUCACGACGUGCGAGCACGUGAAGCCAACUUACAAGACAACAUGCGGUAUCGCCAGGUGCUACGAGAACUUGAACAUGUGACGGCCGAACUCAAUAAACUCGACUUGGAAGCAGCGCACAUGAGGCAUAAACGAGCGAGCUCAGCGUACGAUGCAGCGCGGCGCGAAGAGAACGAACUGAGUGGGCGUGCAGCGCACAUUCGCGGUGAAAUACAGGGUAUCGAGGCAGAACUUCAACGUCGCGAGGCCGAGUUACGCCACGACUAUAAAGAUAUAUCAAACAGGUACAUGCGACAGCUAGUUCACAUCAAAGUAGCUGGGAUGGCGAACCACGAUCUCGAUAUUUACUGCGGCGCACUCCAACAAGCGAUUCUGCAAUACCAUGCGAUCAAGAUGGAGGAAGUGAACCAAACGCUCGACUACCUGUGGAAGAAGACUUAUCAAGGUACCGACAUUGAUUCUAUAAGUAUCCGGUCCGACACGGAGGGUCGCGUAUCGGCCAACGGAUUGCGCUCGUACCAAUACCGUGUGUGCAUGGUCAAGGAUGCCGUUGAGCUGGACAUGCGUGGCCGAUGCAGUGCUGGACAAAAAGUCUUAGCAUGUAUUCUGAUUCGCUUGGCGCUUGCUGACUCAUUUGGCGGCUCCUGCGGAUUCAUGGCACUGGACGAGCCUACAGCGAACCUAGAUCGGGAGAAUGUGGAAGGAUUGGCUGCCAGUCUCAUUGAGUACGUGUGA